AUGGCGUGGACACGAUUGAUUCAGAGCGCGAGAGCAGCUGUUGGGACGACACACUCGUGUCCUGCUCCUGGCCUCCCUAGAUUCUACUCCAAACCAGCCAAUUAUUUCGUGAAGGUUGGGAUUCCAGAGUUCCUGGGCGGGAUUGGCGGAGGAGCUGAGACCCACAUUGCCAAGAUUGAGACUGAGAUCGGCGAUCUUCAUAAGCUGCUUGUGACGCGUACCCUCCGACUCAAGAAGCUUGGCGUCCCUACCAAACAUAGAAAACUCAUACUCAAGUAUGGCCAGAAAUACAGGCUAGGGCUAUGGAAACCUAGAGUUGACGCUAUCAAGACCUGA